AAAAACAAGACGCAGCUGCUGAAGUCAUAACUGCUGCAACAUGUUUUCGCUGUUUGGGAAACGCAAGCCGGCCGAGUCGCCGACCGACGAGGCCAUUCAGGGCCCCGCCGAUCUGCCCAAACAAAGCGUUGGCGAUGAUUUCAUAUUUGUGGAGCGCAAAACUGACGCAGAUCCAGUCACAGCGCCCGGUGGCAUGAUAUACCCGCCCAUGCCACAAACAGCUUACGGCCCAAUGCCAUAUCCACCGCCGCUGGGUGGCCACACAGCAAUUCGCACUGGGCCAAAUGUAAAUGCGCCAGCCAGUUAUUUGCAGGACAUUCCGUUCGAGCUGUCGCCGCAACUGGCCACCAAGGAUCGCUUCAAUGGCACCCAAUUGCAAGUGGACGGCAUUUUAGCACUGAUGACCCGUCAGCUCUCGGUGGAUGCACUGGCCGAGGAGUAUACAUUCACCCUGGAGCGUUCAGUGCAAAAUGAUUCGUACUGAAAUGGCGAACAAUGAAACUAAUUCUAAUUUUAUACAUAAUUUAUUAUAUGCAAAUGUGUAGAAUAAUUAUAGAUUUGUUGCGUGUGAGAGCGGUAGAAAUUGUAUUAUAAGUUAUAUUGGUGAAUUGAUUAUACGGCCGAACAAAAACAAA